AUGGCAGCUCGCCUGGUGAAGCGAUGCCAGUGCCUCCUGAGAGAGUCUGCUCAUCUAGCCCCUGCUGGGCUUCCAGCUGGCCAACUGAGACUGGCUAGGGUAGCCCAUAAGACUCUAACUUCCUCAGCUACCUCACCCAUUUACCACUUCCCAGCUUCCUUGUCACAGCGCCUGGAGAAGGAACAAGCGUUUACCCCCUCCCCAGAGUGCCAGGAGGUGAACGAGCUCAUCAAGAAGGGCACGAGGCCAGAGGAGCUCCUGGAGCUGCUUGGUGGUAGCCAUUGCCUGCACUAGAGCCAUGCGGCCCUUGUGCUCAUCAAGCUCUCUCAGCUGCUCUCUGAGAAGUCAGAGGACAAACCUAGCUCGCUCAUACAGGAUGCCUGCUUUCAGCAACUUCUCCAACUUAUCAACAGUCAGAUAACCGUGGUCUGGCAUGGGACCCUUCUGAAGCUGCUCUGGAGCUUCUAUGCACUGGCACUCCCUGCAGCCUCCAAGGAGCUGCUGUCAGUGGAACAGGAGGUACACUGUCAUGUGCACAGACUCAAGUACAAGCACCUGGCCUUACUGGCAGAGUUCAGCACCGCCUACAUGUAGGAGUAGGGCUCCUAGGAGCUGCUGGCCGAGCUGUUCCUGAACCUGGAGUAGUGCUGGGCAGAAAUCGAGGAUGGCCGCACGCUGGUAGCCCUCAUGAUGAAGACAGGGUCAUUGAUGAACAAUCUGGAGGACAAGUGCCUGGAUCUGGUAGAGCAGUUCGGCCCUGACGAGCUGGUGGCGCUGGCAGCUCAGAACCAGCUCGUGCCCUUGCUGCGGGCCAUCUCCUUCCCUGUCCAGAAGCCCUUCCCCCUGAUCAAAGGCGUCCUCCUGGACCUGGCCUUUGCCUAUGGCAAACUUGAAUUCCACCAGACCCAGGUGUUCCAGUGCCUGGCCGCUGAACUGCUGCCCCACAUGCCCAGCCUCACGUCCGGCGAGGUGGCCAGAUGCACCAAGUCCUUCGCCAUCCUCAAGUGGUUCAACCUGCCCCUCUUUGAGGCCUUUGCCCAGCACAUCCUGAGCAGAGCCCAGAGCAUCCCCAUGCCAGACCUCUGCAACAUGCUUCUGGCCUUCUCCUGCCUGAACUUCCAUCCAGAGCGCCUGGUGCAUGAGAAGCUGGGGUAUCAGCAGGCAGACCUGGACCUGGACCUGCAGGUGGACAUGCUGUGGGCACUGUGUGUGCUGCAGCAGGCCAGUCCUUCAGAGCUCCAGGCCGUGCUCCACCCCAAGUUGCCCACCCAGUUCCGAGGUGAUGGGUCCCCAAAGGGUCAGAGCACCUUUCAGAAGCUGCUCCACCUCAAUGCCACUGGUCAGCUAGAGCACCCUGAGUACAUGGGCCCCCUGCUGCUGGCCUCGGCCUUGGUCCCCAGGCCCCCAGCCCCUGACAGGAAGGUGAUGUCUCUGCAGAAAUAGCUGCAUGAGACCCUGAAGGGGCUGCUGGGGGUCACUAAGGGCCACUUUACCAUGGCUAUGCAAUAUGGCUGGGUUCUUGACACUGAGGUAGUGCUGGACACUAAAGGCCAGUUUCUGCCCCUGCAAGACUUUGUGGUCCCACAUCUCACCCCACACUCCGGCAGCCAGCUGCUGGCCACCAAGGCCAAUAGGCUGUCCUUCCUGCACUGGGAGUUCCCUAACUUCAAUAGCCAGAGCAAAGACUUGCUGGGGCGUUUUGUGCUUGUCCAGUACCAUGUGCUGGCCACUGGAUUCCUGGUGGUGGACAUCCCAUACAAGUGGCUGGAGCUCAGGUCUGAGUUGCAGAAGGGCGCCUACCUCAAGGACAAGAUGUGCAAGUUGGUGGCAGAGGAACUGGCAAAGUGA